UCACACUUUCAGAUUGCAUUGGACUAGAAAGUGAAAAUUGGUGAAUGGUGUAACUUAACUAGGUUAGUAUAAUACGUGAUAUAGGUGUUACUUGCCGAUUUAGAAGGAUAUAAAGUGAUUAGAAAUACCCCAAGUAAAUUUAUAUGGACUGAAUAAAGUGGCUUUUGCUUAGAUUCAGUUUUUUCACUUAAAACAUUUUGCUAGUUAAUUUGUAUGUGCCAUCGAGAGGAAGCAAUACUUCUAGUAGCCAAUGAUUCAAUAACCACAGAAACCUAGGCAGAGAUGCAGUUGUGGCAAGUUAUGUGGCUGCUGACAGCCGUCUUGCUGGCAAGCGUUGAACUGACCAUCCAGUCCAAGCGGGACUAUUAUGAGAUACUUGGGAUCGACCGUGAUGCCAAGCCUAAAGAGAUCAAGAAGGCCUUUAGAACGAUGGCUGCAAAAUACCACCCAGAUAAAAAUAAAGACCCUGAUGCCGAAGAGAAGUUCAAGGAAAUCAAUGAAGCUCACGAAGUGCUGAUGAAUGCGGAUAAGCGGCGACAGUACGACAUGUAUGGUCACAGCGACGAGAUGAGAACCGGAGGUCCCACUCAUGGGUCAGGGUCCGGCUUCACUUUCCACUUUGACUCCCACGACGAUGUAUUACGCAGCUUCUUCGGACAGGACUUUGCUGGGGAGAGACCACCACCCUUUCACUUCUCUCAGGGUGGCGGAAGGCAUUCUCAUCAUCAGCAUCAGCACCAGAACUUCUUCAGCUUCAAUGACUUCUUUGAGGAUGACGAGCCGGGCUUUGGAGAAUUUUUUGGUGACAGAGAUCCACACCAGUUUGGCAGUGGGAGUUCAUUCUUUGGCACUCAUUUUGGUGGAGGUCGACCUCAACCCCAGCAACACCACGCACACUGGGGACACAGCCAUGGCCACGGCCACGCACAUGCGCGCGCACAAGGCACACGGUGUCGCACCGUCACGCAGAGGGUCGGCAACAUGGUCACCACGUAUACUCAGUGUUCCUAGACAGACCGAUAAUACUGUACUGUACAUACACUUUACCCUGUAAAUAUCUUUGUUGUAAAAAUGUAACUAUUUUUUUACACUUUGGGUACGUUAUGUAAACAACGAGUGUAAGCGCAACCUAAAUAAAAAUAUUGUUAUUUA